AUGCCAGGCGUCUCAAAGAUCUUGUGCCUCCCGGGGUAUUUGCAAAGCGGGGCUACACUUGCGAGAAAAGCGUCGGGGUUGAGGAAAACCUUGACGAAGCAGCUCAACAUGGAGCUCGAUUUUUUGAGUCCCUGCCAUCCUAUACCCUCGAGACACGAGCUUGAGUUCCAGCUUGGGCCGACGGACGAGGAGGCAGAUAAGGUAUGGGACAGACUAGUCGCGGGCGGGAACAACUGCAGAUGGUAUGACCAUCUCGCCCCUGGCCAGGAUACCGGCCUCGAGGAAUCAAUCGAGUUUGUAGUUGACCACAUUCGUAACAAUGGGCCCUACGAUGGUAUCAUUGGGUUUUCUCAAGGCGCCGCUAUGGCGAUCAUGAUUACAAACUCGUUGAGGCGAUUGUUGCCCCAGCACCCGGACUUUAAGAUCAGCAUGUUUGUAUCGGGCUUUUGCCUUGUGGUACCCCGCGAUGGAAACUUCUCCCGAGAGAAUGUGGAGCGGCUCCACGAGUUGACGGAUGUGGCCGAGUAUGCGGCCCAGGUUGAACUAGCUCCAAAUGCCAAACAAUACUAUGAAGUUGCAGACAGGGACCACUUUGACACCGAAGUCGUUCUCGUCUACGGAGACAAUGACAGCGUCGUGCCGCCAAUCCGGUCCAAACAUGUCUCGAUGUUGUAUCCAGAGGAAAAAGUCCAUGUAUUCUCCCACGAAGGAGCCCAUCUCGUGCCGAACCAGAAGGCAUUUGUCAAGCCAGUCGCGGAGUUGUUUAGCAGAAGGCUUACGGGCAAGUUAUAG